CCGGGGACGCACCCGGAGGCGUCGGCCCGGAGCCAGCGCGGGCGGCGGAGCCCCCGGUCCCGGAGGGCGCGGGAGAGAGCCGGGCCGAGCGGCCGCGCGCCCGAGCCAUGCGCGGGGCGCAGUAGCAGGAGGAGCGGGCCGCAUGGAGCGCCCCGGAGUGCGGGGCCGGCGUGGCGGCCGGGGCCCACCCGGGCUCCCGCUCGCGCUGCGGCUGGCGCUGCUGCUGGUGGGGUCGCCGUCGGGCCGCGCGGGGGCCCCCGAGGCGCCGGAGCCCGCGGCGUCCGGGACCGCGGCGCCGGCGGGGGGCGACCGCUGCCGCGGCUACUACGACGUGAUGGGCCAGUGGGACCCGCCCUUCAACUGCAGCUCGGGCGUCUACAGCUUCUGCUGCGGCACGUGCGGCUACCGCUUCUGCUGCCACGACGGCCCGCGCCGCCUGGACCAGAGCCGCUGCUCCAACUACGACACGCCGGCCUGGGUGCAGACCGGCCGGCCCCCCGCCCGCGCCCGCGACCCCGCCGCCCCGCGCGACCCGGCCCGCGAGCGCAGCCACACCGCGGUCUAUGCCGUGUGCGGGGUCGCCGCGCUCCUCGUGCUGGGCGGCAUCGGGGUGCGUCUGGGCCUGGAGAGGGCGCACAGCCCGCGCGCUCGGCGCACGGUGACCAGAACACUGACAGAACUUCUCAAACAGCCAAGCCCCCAGGAACCGCUGCCUCCACCCCCGGGUCCCCCCCUGGGUAACUGCGUCCAGGUACAAAUGGGUGAUGGCGUUCUUCGGGGCUCCCCCCACGACAGCACAGCCAGGACCUUCCGGAGAGCCAGCGGUCCCCUAAGGAGUGCGUCGAGAAGCGGCGGUGCAGGCUCGGCUUUUUCUCUUCACACCCCGCUCUCCCCUCCAGACAAGAAACGCCUCAAUAACGCGCCACUGGGCUCCGCCGCCCCGGGACCUCCGCGCGGCCCGCGGCUGCAGGCUGGUGGCAGCCUCACCCUGCAGCCCGACUACGCCAAGUUCGCUACCCUCAAAGCAGCUGCGCUCAAGGCCACAGAGGCUGCGCCCCAAGACUUCUAUCAACGCUUUCCCUCUACCGAGACCCCGCGGACCCUCCCGGCGCGGGCCCCGCGGCCUCCGGAGGACCUGCCUGCGCUGCUGGAAGCCUGUCCCUGGGCCCCCCCAGGUUACGUACCUCCCACCGGCCCAGUCUCGUCGGUCCCCUACGCGGCCUGGACCGCGGGCCGCCUCACGCGGCCGGUCCCCCGCAGCCAUCUGGUGGCUCAGGUCUCUCCUGCCCCCCGGCGACCCGGCCACGCGCCGCGGCGUCCGUUCAGCGUGGAGAAGCUGCCCGAGGCCUUCAGCGCGCAGCCCGGCGGCUUUUACGGCGGCGGCGGUGGCGGCGUGGGCAGAGGGCCCCGCCACCUGAGCACCAACAGCAAAGCUGAGGUCACUGUCUGAAGCGGAACCACCGGAGCCUUCUGCGGGGUCCCCGGACCCCCAGGCAGGGACAUGUGGAGCCUGUGGCUAAGGGGCCGGAAGGGUAGGGCCAGGUGUUGUGUUUCUGGGACUGUAGGGCUAUCCUCACCUGUGUAAAUAAACCCUCUAAUGUGGUUUCUGUCCCGAGGGCAUCA